GCGUCGAGGGGUGGGGCUUGGCGGCAGCGCGCGGGGGGACUCGGAGGGCUCGGAGGGCUCGGGUGCGCGCGGCUCCGGAUCCGGCUCGGUUCCCGCUCGGGACGCUUCGGGCUCCGGCUGCAGCUGCUGCGGCGAUCGCGCUUCGGUGCGUUCGGCCUCCCGGGCCCGCGGGGGAGCGCAGUCCACGCGCCUAUCCCCGAGCCCGGCACGAUGGGAGCCGCGCGGGGAGCCCCGAGCCGCUCGGGCCGGCUGCCUCUGCUCAGCGUCCUGCUGUUGCCGCUCCUGGGCGGUGCACAGGUAGCCAUCGUCUUUAUUAAAGAGCCUUCAUCUCAGGAUGCACUGCAAGGGCGCCGGGCACUGCUCCGCUGUGAGGUGGAAGCCCCUGUCCCUGUCCACAUCUACUGGCUGUUGGAUGGUGUCCCUGUUCAGGACACCGAGCGGCGCUUUGCCCAGGGCAGCAGCCUGAGCUUCACAGCUGUGGACCGCCUGCAGGACUCUGGAACUUUCCAGUGCGUGGCUCGGGACAAUGCCACAGGACAGGAAGCCCACAGUGCCAACGCCUCCUUCAACAUCAAAUGGAUUGAGACUGGGCCUGUCGUCUUGAAGCACCCAACCUUGGAAGCCGAGAUCAAGCCACAGACUCAGGUCACUCUGCGAUGUCACAUCGAUGGCCACCCUCGGCCCACCUACCAGUGGUUCCGAGAUGGGAGCCCCCUUUCUGACAGUCAGAGCAACCACACGGUCAGUAGCAAGGAGCGGAACCUGACUCUCCGGCCGGCCGGCCCUGAGCACAGUGGCCUCUACUCCUGCUGUGCCCACAAUGCCUUUGGCCAGACCUGCAGCAGCCAAAACUUCACCUUGAGCAUUGCAGAUGAGAGCUUUGCUAGGGUGGUGCUGGCGCCCCAGGACGUGGUGGUGGCAAGGAACGAGGAGGCCCUCUUCCACUGCCAGUUCUCAGCCCAGCCGCCCCCGAGUCUACAGUGGGUGUUUGAGGACGAGACUCCUAUCACUAACCGCAGUCGAUCCCCUCACCUCCGCAGAGCUGUGGUCUUUGCCAACGGGUCCCUCCUGCUGACCCAGGUCCGGCCGCGCAACGCAGGGGUCUACCGCUGCAUCGGCCAGGGGCAAAGGGGCCCUCCUGUUGUCCUGGAGGCCAAGCUUCACCUGGCAGAAAUUGAAGACAUGCUGCCUUUUGAGCCCCGGGUGUUCACUGCUGGCCGUGAGGAACGUGUGGCCUGCCCGCCCCCCCAGGGCCUGCCGGAACCCCAAGUGUGGUGGGAACAUGCAGGAGUGCGGCUGCCUGCUCACGGCAGAGUUUCACAGAAGGGCCAUGAGUUGGUGUUCAUCAGUACCGUUGAGAGUGAUGCUGGCGUCUAUACCUGCCAUGCAGCUAACCUGGCCGGUCAGAGGCAACAGGAUGUCAACAUCACCGUCGCCACUUUGCCCACAUGGCUGAAGAAGCCCCAAGACAGCCAGCUGGAAGAGGGCAAGCCAGGCUAUUUGCAUUGCCUGACCCAGGCCACACCCAAACCUACAGUCAUCUGGUACCGAAACCAGAUGCUCAUCUCAGAGGACUCUAGGUUUGAAGUGUUUAAGAACGGGACCUUGCGUAUCAACAGUGUGGAAGUGUACGAUGGGACCUGGUACCGCUGUGUGAGCAGCACCCCAGCAGGCAGCAUCGAGGCCCAAGCCCGCGUCCAAGUGCUGGAGAAGCUCAAGUUUACACCGCCGCCCCGUCCACAACAGUGCAUGGAGUUUGACAAGGAGGCCACGGUGGCCUGCUCAGCCACCGGGCGAGAGAAACCCACUAUUAAGUGGAUUCGGGCAGAUGGGAGUAGCCUCCCAGAGUGGGUGACAGAUAAUGCUGGAACUUUGCAUUUUGCCAGGGUGACCCGUGAUGAUGCUGGCAACUACACAUGCAUCGCCUCCAAUGGGCUUCAGGGCCAGAUCCGCGCCCAUGUCCAGCUCACUGUGGCAGUUUUCAUCACCUUCAAGGUGAAGCCAGAGCGCACAACUGUCUACCAGGGCCACACAGCCCUGCUACGGUGUGAGGCCCAGGGAGACCCCAAGCCACUCAUUCAGUGGAAAGGCAAAGAUCGCAUCCUGGAUCCAACCAAACUAGGACCCAGGAUGCACAUCUUCCAGAAUGGCUCCCUGGUGAUCCACGACGUGGCUCCUGAAGACUCAGGCCACUAUACCUGCAUCGCGGGCAACAGCUGUAACAUCGAGCACACAGAAGCCCCCCUCUACGUCGUGGACAAGCCCCUGCAGGAAGACUCUGAUAGUUCAGGCAGCCCUCCCCCCUACAAGAUGAUCCAGACCAUUGGGCUGUCAGUGGGUGCUGCGGUGGCCUAUAUCAUCGCUGUCCUUGGCCUCAUGUUCUACUGCAAGAAGCGCUGCAAAGCCAAGCGGCUCCAAAAGCAGCCUGAGGGAGAGGAGCCCGAGAUGGAGUGCCUCAACGGUGGACCUUUGCAGAAUGGACAGCCCUCAGCGGAGUUCCAAGAGGAAGUGGCCUUGACCAGCCUCGGCUCUGGCUCUGCUGCCACUAACAAACGCCACAGCACAAGUGACAAGAUGCACUUCCCAAGGACCAGCCUACAGCAUAUCACCACAUUGGGGAAAAGUGAGUUUGGGGAGGUGUUCCUGGCGAAGGCACAGGACUUGGAGGAGGGGGCGGCGGAGACCCUGGUGCUGGUGAAGAGCCUGCAGAGCCGAGAUGAGCAGCAGCAGCUGGACUUCCGGAGGGAAUUCGAGAUGUUUGGGAAGCUGAACCAUGCGAACGUGGUGCGGCUCCUGGGGCUGUGCCGGGAGGCCGAGCCCCACUACAUGGUGCUGGAGUAUGUGGACCUGGGAGAUCUCAAGCAGUUCCUGAGGAUUUCCAAGAGCAAGGAUGAAAAAUUGAAGUCACAGCCCCUCAACACUAAGCAGAAGGUGGCUCUGUGCACCCAAGUGGCCCUGGGUAUGGAGCACCUGUCCAACAACCGCUUUGUGCAUAAGGACCUGGCUGCUCGCAACUGUCUGGUUAGCGCUCAGAGGCAGGUGAAGGUGUCAGCCCUGGGGCUCAGCAAGGACGUGUACAACAGUGAGUACUACCACUUCCGCCAGGCCUGGGUGCCACUGCGCUGGAUGUCCCCGGAGGCCAUCCUGGAGGGUGACUUCUCCACCAAAUCUGAUGUCUGGGCGUUUGGUGUGCUGAUGUGGGAAGUGUUCACCCAUGGUGAGAUGCCCCAUGGUGGACAGGCCGAUGAUGAAGUACUGGCAGACUUACAAGCUGGGAAGGCGCGACUCCCACAGCCUGAUGGCUGCCCCUCCAAGCUCUACCGGCUGAUGCAGCGCUGCUGGGCGCCCAGCCCCAAGGACCGGCCCUCCUUCAGUGAGAUCGCCAACUCCCUGGGAGACAGCCCUGCGGACAGCAAGCCGUGAGGAGGGAGCCUCGGCAAGCUGUGCCUCAGGAUGGUGUGGGAGGGGUAGGACCUCUUGAGGGGCACCCACAGCAUGCUGGGCAAGAUGCCUGUCCUCCUUGCCCUGGGGGCUCUGUGAAGGCCUGGGCAGGGCCUAGGCUCCCCUCUUCUUCACCUCAGCCCCUGGGGAGGCUCUCUAUGACCCAAACUUAGGUGACUAGAACCUUGGACUGGCAGCUUCCUCUGCCACCCCUUCCCUCUUCAGGGAUAGUGUGGGUGCCUCAGGUAACCCGUUUCUGGCCUGGGCCUCCUCCUUGACUAGGCCACUCACCUACCAACUUUACCUGGAGAAGAAAGACUAGGCUGGAGAUGAGCUGGAUUGGAGGGGGAGUCUCUUAAUAUACUCAAGCUUGCAGGCUCUUCUGGGGUCUGCAGUAGGACCAUAGGGGCGAUGUCAGUGAGUCCCCUCUCCCUCCCACACCCCAUGGACUUGUGCACACUGAGGCAGCCCCGUGCUUCCCUGCCUCUCUCUCUUUCCCUCAUCCUAAGUGCCUGGCAGAUGAAGGAGUUUUCAGGAGCUUUUGACACUAUAUAACCCGCCCUUUUUUGUAUGCACCAUGGGGCGGCUUUUGUAUGUAUUUGCAGUGUGGGGUGGGUGGGCAUGAGAGGGAGGGUAGGUGCUGGAGGAGCUGUGGAGGGUGGCCCCUGCCUCACCAUUAUUGUUGUUUCAUUUUGUUGAUUUCUUUCUUUCUCUCUCUCUCUCUUUUUUUUUUACACUCGCUGCUCUCAAUAAAGAAGCCUGUUUUUUUUUUUUUUUUUACAAGUCGCUGAUGAUGCUCUUUCUCUGUUGUUGCCCAUAAACUUCCUUGGGUUAUCAGAAGGGGCCAUGUGUCUUUGCAGAAUCCGGUGGAGUGCACAUGGAAAUGACUGGCAGAUACCACCCUCCUCUCUGGUUGGCAGGGUGCUGAACCUGUGGGCUUAGAGCAGGCGAUGAUGCUAUGCUGCCUCUCGUUAUGUGACCCUCUGCUGUUCUGAUUGCCCACUGCUUAUUCUCAUCUGGCUCAGCUGGCGGGCCUAGUCCUCCCUCUCCCACUUGAAGGGGGGGGGGGGAGAAUGUGUGAAAUUAGGACAAGAGAAAGUAGGACUGGAGAAGGAGGUAAUGAUAGGCCUCUGAAUCCUAAGUCCUUUCCUGCUCUACUGAGCAGAGAGACUAAUCUCAACUGAUAGGAUUUCUACUUUGUUACCUGGACCUUGUACCAUCAGUUACGCUCUUCCUUAUUCUAGUAACUUCAGCCUUGUGCCCAAUCCUAAAGAAACGAGUUCUUAGCUUGUUUAGUUCCUUCUGUUCCUCAGUAAAUGUCACAGUAAUGAAAAUAACAAUUAGUA